CUUCCGCCAGCCUCCCGGCUGCCUCCUCGGCCUUCCAGUCCUCAGGGCUCGAGUAGUGGGCGCGCAGCGGGGACCAGCAGCCCGCCUAUCGGGGGGCCCGGCUGUCUCUAACCAUGGACCGGGAUCUUCUGCGGCAGUCGCUGAAUUGCCACGGCGCGUCACUGCUGUCUCUGCUCCGGAGCGAGCAGCAGGACAACCCACACUUCCGGAGCCUGCUGGGGUCUGCUGCCGAGCCCGCCCGGGCCCCACCACUCCAGCAGCAGCUGCAGGGCAGAAAAGAGAAGAGAGUGGACAACAUUGAGAUACAAAAAUUCAUCUCCAAAAAAGCGGAUCUGCUUUUUGCGCUCUCAUGGAAAUCAGAUGCACCGGCAACGUCUGAAGUUCACGAAGACAACGAAGAUCAUUUCGCAGUCAUGCCACCUUUAGAACAAUUCAUGGAAAUACCAAGUAUGGAUCGGAGAGAGCUGUUUUUCCGAGAUAUUGAGCGUGGUGAUAUAGUGAUUGGAAGAAUUAGUUCCAUUCGGGAGUUUGGUUUUUUCAUGGUGUUGAUCUGUUUAGGAAGUGGCAUCAUGAGAGAUAUAUCCCACUUAGAAAUCACAGCUCUUUGUCCAUUAAGAGAUGUGCCUUCUCACAGCAACCACGGGGAUCCUUUAUCAUAUUACCAAACAGGUGACAUCAUUCGAGCUGGAAUCAAGGAUAUUGACAGAUACCAUGAAAAGCUUGCAGUAUCUCUGUAUAGCUCAUCUCUUCCACCACACCUAUCUGGUAUUAAAUUAGGUGUAAUUAGCUCUGAAGAGCUUCCUUUGUACCACAGGAGGAGUGUUGAGCUAAAUAGCAAUUCUUUAGAGUCUUAUGAAAAUGUCAUGCAGAGUUCCUUGGGAUUUGUUAAUCCAGGAGUAGUCGAAUUUCUUCUAGAAAAACUAGGAAUAGAUGAGUCUAAUCCACCAUCUUUAAUGAGAGGCCUACAAAGCAAAAAUUUCUCUGAAGAUGAUUUUGCUUCUGCACUGAGAAAGAAACAGUCUGCAUCUUGGGCUUUAAAAUGUGUGAAAGUUGGAGUUGAUUAUUUCAAGGUUGGACGCCAUGUAGAUGCUAUGAAUGAAUAUAAUAAAGCUCUGGAAAUAGACAAACAAAACGUGGAAGCUUUGGUAGCUCGUGGAGCAUUAUAUGCGACAAAAGGAAGUCUGAACAAAGCAAUAGAAGAUUUUGAGCUUGCAUUAGAAAACUGUCCAACUCACAGGAAUGCAAGAAAAUAUCUCUGCCAGACACUUGUAGAAAGAGGAGGGCAGUUAGAAGAAGAAGAAAAGUUUUUAAAUGCUGAAAGUUACUAUAAGAAAGCUUUGGCUUUGGAUGAGACUUUUAAAGAUGCAGAGGAUGCAGUGCAAAAACUUCAUAAAUACAUGCAGAAAUCUUUGGAAUUAAGAGAAAAACAAGCUGAAAAGGAAGAAAAGCAGAAAACAAAGAAAAUAGAAACAAGUGCAGAAAAGUUGCGUAAGCUCUUAAAAGAGGAAAAAAGGCUAAGGAAGAAAAGAAGAAAAUCAACUUCUUCCUCUUCAAGUGUUUCAUCUGCUGAUGAAUCAAUUUCUUCUUCAUCCUCUUCCUCUUCUGGUCACAAAAGGCAUAAGAAACGUAAGAGGAACCGUUCAGAGUCUUCUCACAGUUCCAAAAGGCAUUCAUCUAGGGCAUCCUCAAGUCAGGUAGAUCAGAACAGGAAGGAUGAGUGCUACCCAGUUCCAGCAAAUACUUCAGCAUCUUUUCUUAACCAUAAGCAAGAAAUGGAAAAAUUACUAGGAAAGCAGGAUAGGUUACAAUAUCAAAGAACACAGGUAAAAGAGAAAGAUAGAUGCCUUCUCUCUUCAUCUUCAGUUGAUGUACUGGAAGAUUCUGGAGGUAGGUCUGAAGAGCCAAGAGAUUUUUAUAGUAGCUAUAAAACGCAGGCAGGCAGUAGCAAAACAGAAAAGCCAUAUAGAUCAGAAAGACAUUUUUCUAGUCAUAGAAAUUCCUCAGAUUCCUCUUGUAGGAAUUCAGAGGACAGGGUUUAUGGUUAUAGGAGAUUUGAGAAGGAUACAGAGGGAAGAAAAGAGCACUAUAGAAGGUGGGAGCCAGGUUCCGUGAGGUAUUCUGCUUCACCUGCAAGCUCAGACUAUUCUUGGAAGUCAGUUGAAAAGAACAAAAAGUAUACUUAUUCUGGAUCACGUGAUUUCAGUAGACAAGAACAAAGAUACCGAUUAAAUACAAAUCAAGGAGAAUAUGAAAGAGAGGACAGUUAUGGGGAGGAUAUCAAAACAGAGGCUCCAGAAGAAGAUGGACUAAAUAGCAAAGAGCACUCAGAAAGCAGCAUUAAAAAAAACUUACCUCAGAAUUUACUGAAUAUAUUUAAUCAGAUAGCAGAAUUUGAAAAAGAAAAAGGAAAUAAGCCAAAAAAUUAACAUGCCAAGGAAAUCACCAGUAUGCUAAAUGCUGUUAAUUAAAAUUUGGGGGUGUUUUCGUUAUCAUAGUCAAAAGUACAAAAAUCUCUGCUCCUAAAAUUAUUUGAAGAGAUUACAAAAAGCAAAUGCUUCUCAAAUUUUACUUCAGUUCUAAGUCCCCUUAUCACAGCCUGAUUUUUAGGCUUUUCCAUUUGUAUGUUUAUGUACAGUAUAUUUCUUACUCUAAUAAUUUAAAUUUCUUCACCUAAAGAUAAUUAUCUGAAAGUACUGUUUCUUCACUGUAUUAUGGCAUAUGAGAAUUCCUGGGUCCACCUUAUCCUGCUGUUUGACAGAAAAUUAAAUUUGUGCAUUGAACACUUGCAUCAUUUUCAUCAAACAUUAUUUCGUUUUCUUUUUAAAUUAAAAACCAUCAGCUUUUUGAAAAAAGUA